AUGUUACAACAGGAACAACAAAGAGGUGUUAUAUCUGGUAAAAAUGAAUCCAAAAACAAAACUACACAUUUGGAAAGGACGAAUCAUUUAGAAAGACAAAAGAUAAUGAUUCCAUCAAGGAUUAUAGGAAUUGAACAAGAAACGCCAACGGUCAAAACAUUUAAAUUUAGUCCAACAAGUUCAUCACUGCAAUUUUCAUUUCUACCAGGUCAAUGGUUAGAUGUGUUUCUUCCAAAUGUACCAAUAGUGGGAGGUUUUUCAUUAACAUCAACACCACAAACGUUCACGAAAACUAAAACAUUUGAAUUAGCAAUAAAAUAUUCAGGUCAUCCACCUGCUAAGUGGCUUCAUGAACAAGCGAAUAUAGGUGAUGAAAUUAAUGCUAGAGUAGGUGGAGAAUUUGUAUGGAAUUCAUCAAAAGAAAGACAAGAUCAAAUUGGACAUGUAAUAUUCAUCGCUGGCGGUGUCGGAAUUAAUCCUUUGAUUAGUAUGUUGGAAUCAAUUUGUCAAGAUGAAGAAAGUAACCAGUAUGAAAGAAUUAAGAAGAUCAUAUUACUGUACAGUGUAAGAACUUUUAGCGAAUUGUUGUUUUAUAAGAGGAUUGAAGGGUUGCAACAACAAUUUCCGGGAUUGUUAGAGUGUAAGUAUUUUUUGACAAGAGACGAUCCGAAAGAUGAAAGGAGGGAUGGUGAAUUUUAUUAUCGACAACGGAUCAAUAAGGAAAUUUUGACAAACGUUGUUGAGAAAGAAAAAGAACAUUUAGAAAGACUAAAGUGUUUUGUGUGUGGACCUUCUGCAAUGGAGGAUGAUGUAAUUAAAUGGUUAAAAGAAUCUGGCGUUGACGAAAAGAGAGUUUUAUUUGAAAAGUGGUGA